AUGUUCGACCGCACAAAAGACAACGCCAGAUACCUCUGGGAAGACAGCCGACUACUCCGGUUCUGCGUAAAGGGCCUAAGCUGCACAUUCUGCAUCAUCCACUCAUGGGGCUGGAUGUGUAUGCAAGAGCCCGGGAUGAACAAACAAGCCAAGCGCGACGCGACAUUGACAGAGAUAAACCAGCGUCGCCGUGAACGGCAGCUCAAGAAGCGAAAGCGCAGCGUUUCCGUUGAUGUGGACCCGUGGGGGAGGAAGGCCAUGGGGGAGCAGCACCAGUCGCUGUUUUUCUGUAAACUGCCCGCGGAGCUCAGAUUGAGGGUUUAUGAGAUGUUGUUGUUGGAGUCCGGGGAUGAGGCUUCUAUUGACGCCACCACCAACGAUAACGACGACGAGAUGUGUUGCAUCACACCAAACGCAGUUGAGAAGAAUUUCCUGAGAUUGAGAGCGAAAAUACCACGCCCCGUGGCACUGUUACGGACGUGUAAGAGAAUGCAUGUACACCAUCCUUCCACACCCAUCCCACCAGCGGCUUCGAAAGCAUUCCUCACCUACCGCGAAGCCAUCGACCUCAUCUACUCGCACGGCACAUUCGCUUUCCCAUCGUACAAAUGUUUCUUCGCCUUCUCGCGCGCGGUCCCCUUCCAGCGCCUGGAGCGCCUCAAGCGCAUCACCAUUGACUUCUCGAUACGCUGGGACAACAAAGUCUUUGACAAACACCCCUUCUACCGCGGAGCGUACGAGCACUCUGAUUUCAUCGCCGUGAUUGCAUCGAUGCCUGCUCUGCGUGCUGUGCACCUCGUUCUGGACCCGUUGUGGUGGACGGAUGAUCCGCGUACUGGGAGGACGAUGUUGGUUGAGAAGUGGGCUGUGAAUGAAGUUGUUAGACUGCGGUGA